AUGAGCGCGAACAAGUAUGCCAGCUUGCCCGACAUUGAUACAGCUCCAGAUGUCUACGAAACUGAUGAUAUUUUUCCAUCUGCAAAUGACAACAAAGGCGAUUCAAGUGACGAGGAGAUAGGUGUCACUUCCAGAUCUCAGGGCCGAGGGAGGAAUGGCGAGCCUUCUGGUAGAGAAGAGCUAGAUGUUACCAAUCUCAGCGUAGAAGAGGCGAGCAAAAAGUUCAGGAAAGCUGAGAAAAAACACCACCGUCCUCGAAUACAAUACGUCUACCCCCCUUCCCCGACAUCAGACACAUCACCGUCUCCCGCCGCUACACCUGCGAUGCCUCUAUCACAGCGUCUGCGACGCCUGCAAGCCGAAUUAUCUUCUUUGGAAACAGAAUUAGAGGAUCCAUCGAAUCCGCUUUUGCAAAAAGAGAGAGAAGAUGGGCGCGACCUAGGCGAGCUUAUUCGCGGCAUGGUGGACGUGAAACGUCGUCUGGAGAAGAUAAGCAAAGUGAAGGAGGGGAGAGGAAAGCUUGUCAGCGUUGUACUAGGAGAGGAUACGUCUGUCAUGGACGGCACGAACGAUCAAGAGGAACGCGCCGAGGCAGUAGCGAAGGCGGUGGCUGGUAAUAGUCUUGAGUCGGCGACAGUCGGAAAACCUCCGGACGUCAAGGACAUUGCUGAGAUGGACAGACGCGUAGGAGAGUUGGAGAAGGUAGUUGGGUCUUCCAGCACUGCUUUGGAUGAGCUUUCCCCGCUUCCACCGCCCCUACUACCUAUGUUGACGCGUCUGAAUGCACAACUUACCCUGCUUACGCAGCCACGCCAUGUCGACUCCAUCUCCCGCCGCCUGAAGCUGCUCCUAUCAGAUCUCGACCGCGUCUCCAAUUCCAGUGCCCACCAACAUGGAUCGCAGCGUCGGCAGUCCGCACACCCACACCCCGGUCCCGCGUCCCCACAUUCUACAUCUGCUGCUUCCUCUGGGACGGCACCGACCGUGCCUCCUGCGGUGCAUGAGCAGCUCGCCCCCAUUCUCACGCGUCUCGCUCCCAUCCUUCCGCAUAUACCACACAUUCUCACGCGCCUACGGACUCUCAGUGCCUUGCAUACGUCGGCCGCGUCGUUCCAGGGCACGCUUGAAGGUCUGGAAGAGGAACAACGCAAGACACGGGCUGCGCUGGAAGAGCUGGAGCGUGCGGUGUCCAAUCUGGAGGCUAGUAUGAAGGAGAACGAGGAUGUGGUGAAGCGAAACGUCAGGGAAUUGGACGAACGCGUAGAGGAAGUGGGGAGAAGAAUAGAGGAUGUGGUGAAGCGAAACGUCAGGGAACUGGACGAACGCGUAGAGGACGUGGGGACUGGAAUAGAAGAUGUGGCGAAGAAAAAUAUCAGGGAAUUGGACGGAUGCGUAGAGGAAGUGGGGGAAGUGAAGGUCGAUGAAUUCUGA